AUGCUGAUACCCACUUUCUGGUCAGGAUUUCCUUCAGACGAGGCUGCUUCUCUCGAAUCGUUCCGUUACCGACAAGCCCAGGCUCCUACCCUUUUCCUUGGAGCUUUCCUGCCCACAUCGAUGGGCUCAAUCGACCCUUCCCGAACACUCAUAGGCUAUGUCAACUCCACACUCUCGCCAUCUCCCACAUUGACGCACACAUCUAUGUCCCAACAUGUGUCCUCACCGGAUGCCACAUCCGUCUGCGUCCACGGCGUUUGCGUGCACCCAAAGUGGAGGAAGCGCGGUAUCGCCACUGCGUUGAUUCGUGAGUACCUCAAGCGCAUCCGGGCAGAGUCAGUUCAGAAACGCAAAGAAGGCGGUGGAGGUUACGAGAGAGUGUUGUUGAUCACACAUGAAGAAUUGAGACCGCUGUAUGAGGGUGCUGGGUUUGAGUGGGUAGGCAGGAGCGAGGUCAGACAUGGAAGUCAACCGUGGUUCGAAAUGCGAUAUCUCCUGCCUAUAUCACCAUCCGAUGCUGCAUCUUCUUCCAAGCCAGACUCACAGACACUGACCGGCCUCGAACCGCUCGCUGCUUCCGUUUCGUCUGCUACAUCUUCUACGAUUACCGCCACCGCCCCUUCGACCAAACCUGCACCCGAGAUCUCAGAACAAGCACAACUCACACAGACGCAAAUUCCCCCGGGACUGUGGGAAGCCCUGCAGUCUCAGUCUGCGGGUGGCCCGGGAGUCGGAGGGAGGCAGAGGCCGAAGGGGAAGCUGCUGGCCAGCCUCAAAGGCGGUCUCGAUGAGGUCUCGAUGGAGAAGGGUGGAGAGAAGUGGAAUUCGUGUGAUUUGGUGUGUCCGAGAGAGGGGUGUGGUAGUAUCAUACUAAAGUCCGCUGUGGCUAAGGUCGUGGAAGGAGAAAGUGUCCAGGUGAUUCCUCUCCUGCUGAUUUCUCUCCUAUCGUCGAGUACCUUGAUUGCUGAUUGA